GGGAAGAGGCGGGGCGUCCAGAAAAACCUCAAAGGGACGGGAGACCUCAGAGAUUAUCCCAGUCACGCAGGGAAGCAGGAACGGAAGACAGAGAGGGUCUAAGCCAGGAUCACCCCGAGGAUUCUCGGGAGGCAGAAUCUGAACGCAGUUCUCGACGUGCUCUGGCCAGGCAACCCCGCCCUCCAGCUCCGGCCCCGGCCCGACGUCCCAGUCCCUCUCGGCCCGGCACUCGUCUCCGGAGAUGACAGCAAGCAAGCGCGCGGCCAAGGAACUGGAAGCGCUUCAGGAAAACCUUCCGAGUUACCUUCGGGACCUGCGCAGUGAAAAUUCCAAUGUACUUAUAUGGAACGCAGUGCUCCUCCCGGACCGAGAACCCUACAACCUUAGAGCUUUCAAGUUCAGAAUCACCUUUCCCCGGGACUAUCCCUUAAGCCCUCCCCAUCUGAAAUUCAUAACCAAGAUGUAUCACCCCAAUGUGACUGAGGAUGGAGAGGUGUGCCUGCCCAGAAUCAAUGGGAAGUGGAUGAUCUCUACUAAAGUCUAUGAAGUACUGGAGGAUCUCAAGUUGCUGGUGAACACGCCAAACCCAGAUCUACCGCUUCGGGUCAAGCUUGCUGACUUGUAUAUUCAGAACCCAGAACAGUUCAUGAAGAAUGCCAAGAAAUUCACUCUCCAGUUUGGGGAAGACAGGACUACUGGCCAAUAAUUCUCUUUGUCUCCUCCCCUCCCCUGUCCUUGACUUUUCCCCAGAGAACCACUUGUCCGAUGAGUGGAGCUGUUUUCCUGGGUUGCAAUGGCUUUCUUGAUUCUAGUUUCAAGGUCUGGCCUUAAGAAAAUGGACUACGGGAGCCAGAAAAAUCUGAAAGGGCCGGCCUGGGUAUGAUGGGAAUGGGUGUGGUAUCUGUAGAUGAUAUUUGGGGAAAGUUUUAUAGCAAUUAUUUCUAUUUUGACUAAAGGAUUUUCGCCUCCCA